AUGGUGGCCACGAACAUGAUCAAAGAUGUGGGAGUACCUCUCAAGUCAAGUGGAUCAGGUACAUGUCGAGGGUGCCAGCAAAAGAAAAUGGUCCAAAAACCAUUCCCAAGCAAUCAUGACAAGCGAAGUUACGACACGUUCGAGUUGCUACACUUCGACAUCUGCGGACCCAUGGAGAUGAAUUCUCUGGGUGGUAGCAAGUAUCUACUGCUGAUCGUUGACGAAUCCAGUGGAUGCAUGAAGGGCUUCUGUCUACGUGUGAAGUCGGAGAGUGAAAACUACAUCACACGAUACAUCAAGAUGGUGCAAGCGCAAUUUGGCAAGAAGGUCAAGCUCGUCCGACACGACAGAGCCCGCGAGUUCGCAACCAACUUGCUUCAAGAAUUCUACGAAGAUCAAGGCAUUGAGCAGCAGACGACAGCGCCAUAUGCACACCAGACCAACGGCACGGCAGAGCGUGCCAUUCGGACUAUCGUCACAAUUGGUCGCAGCAUGCUCCACCAUGCUAAGUUGGAUAAGUGCUUCUGGCCGAAGCAGUAA